AUGGACAUCCGUAGCCCGCUCGCCGAUGUACUGCUCACCACUCUCUCCCAGCAACCUCUUGAAUUCCUACAGCCGCACAAAAAUUUACACGCGUCUGCACUUGCGCUCGCGAAGCAAUUGCUUGAUCCACUAGCUUCAGGUGUUACUGCGGCGCAAGAGCAACGCCAGAAUGAGAUGCGUAAAAAGAGGAAGAGGGGCGAGAAUGGUAGUACAGAGGAUAUGUUGCGGAUGAAAAAGGUAUAUGUGGAGGGAUUUAAGUGUGAGCAAGUGUGGGAGCAGGCGAGGAGGGUCAUCGAUGCUACACAGGAGGAGGUUGUCAGGGCGUUGGCUGAGCAGAAUUUGGACGCCGAUGGGGCGGUAAAUUCAGUUUCAGAAGAUCAGGAUGAUGAUGGCGAAGAAGAUGGUUCUGAUCGCGAGGAUUUUAUUGACGAGCUUGGGGAUGGUGAACAGGAACAGGAGGAAGAAGUCCUUGCCUCGGAUGCUGGAGAUCUAAUCGAUGGUUCCAACGAAAGCGACGAGGAAAACAUGGACGGAAUGGAAGGACUCGAGAACGGUCUAUCAGACGAAGAAGACGUAGAUGACACACCAGCGGAAGAAUUUGUAUCGGACAAAUUUGGACUGAACGAUGGCUUCUUUUCGAUAGACACUUUCAAUAAGCAGUCACAACUCAUGGAACAGCAAAAUCCACAAGAAGACGACGAGGACGAAGAGAUCGAUUUCUUUGCUGACCCGCUUGCUGGAGGGAACGUGUCUCUUACGAAUGGUGUUAUGAAACUUGACGAUGACGGGGACGACGAAGACGAGGGUGCUCCAGCUUUCGGUAACAUGAACCUUGAUGCUCCUGAAGGAGCAAGCGAUAUGGACGACGAUGAUGAGGAUAUGGAUGCAGGAGACAUUAAUGGUCUUACUAAUGCUAAUAAUAUCCUGUAUGCCGAUUUCUUUGCUCCUCCGGCCUCCAAGAAAGGGGGCAAAAACAAGAAAAAACGUGGUCGGCCAAAUCCGCACAAUUUCCCUGCCAAGGAGGGGGCUGGCUCUAUCACGGAUGGUACGACAGCAGAGAAUGAUCAAGCUGAUAUCGAACGCGCUAUGGCCGAUGUUCAUCGUGAUCUCUUCUCAGAUGAAGACGACGAAGGCGAAGAAUCGGAGCUCGAAGAGCUGGAUCCUGGCGACCCAGUAUCACGCCGUUCCACCCAUGAGCGACGGCAAGCUAAAAUCGCCGAAGAAAUUCGCAAACUGGAAGCCGAAAACGUCGCAAAACGUUCCUGGACACUGUCAGGUGAAGCUCGUGCGACUGAUCGCCCAAUAAAUUCCCUACUCGAAGAAGAUCUCGACUUCGAGCGAGCUGGCAAGCCCGUGCCCGUAAUCACCGCCGAAGUAUCUGAAGAUAUUGAGGCGCUGAUCAAGCGCCGCAUCCUAUCCUCAGAAUUCGACGAACUCAUACGUCGCAGACCCGAUGACCUCGCUACAGGCCCCAAACGCCGAGGACUGGUGGAUCUUCCGGACACAAAGAGCGCAAAAGGCCUCGGCGAAAUCUACGAGGAAGAACAUCUCGCCAAGACAGACCCGGCAUAUGUAUCCGCCGCCGAUGCAAAAAUCGAAGCUGCACAUGACGAGAUCAGCAAUCUAUGGAAUAGUGUAAGUCGCAGCCUGGAUGCUCUGUGUAGCUACCACUACCGGCCCAAGCCCGCCGCUCCCUCGCUCGAGAUCCGUGUCGACGCGCCUGCGCUAUCCUUGGAAGACGCGCGGCCGACGGCAGGUACGGACAUGGGCUCCGCAAGUCAGCUCGCACCACAGGAAGUCUACAAGCCUGGGCAGGAGAAGAUUGGUGGCGAGAUUGUCACGCGGGGCGGGAUGCCUGUUGCACAAGAGGAGAUGGAACGGGAAGACAAGGCAAGGCGGCGGAGGCGGGCGAAGGAGAGGGCGAAGAAGGAAAAGGCGAAUGAGGCGGUUGUCAUGGUAGGGCGGGACGGGAAGGAGGUUGUGAAGAAAGCAGGAAAGAAGGAGCAGGAGAAGGAGGUCGUAGGAGCUCUGAAGAGGGGUGGCGUCAAGAUUAUUGGGAAGAAAGGUGAACUGACUAACGUGGAUGGGAGCCAGGUCAAGGGCAAUGAUACGAGGCGGACUGCGGGGGCGUUCAGGCUAUGA